CAAACGGGGCAUAAGAUUAAUAAGAAUAACAAAAAAUGUAUUGUCAAGUGUGCCUGAUACCCGCUACCCAACUAUAAUAAAAUCAUAACCCCAAUAGUUGCAUUUCAAGUUUGCAAACCUAUCGACGGACGAGUAUCAGCUGUCGUAAUACUUAUAGUCACGAAAGUCUGUGAUUACCAGCUGUCGAUAUGAAUGGAAGAUGUUUACUUAAUCAUAAGACGUUUCAAAGAAAAAUUUCGCAAUUCAACCAAAUACGUUUCAACGCAGUCUGCUGUCAAUCACCAAAAGUGUUAUUUUUCGGAACCGACAAUUUUUCAUUGCCCAGCCUGCAAAAACUGCAUCAAAAUAAUGUCGACAUUGGUGUUGUCACUUCCUUCAAAAAUCCUGCGAACUGCGUGCGUAAAUAUUGUGAGCAUGAAAAUUUAGCAUUAUACCAAUGGCCGAUUACUCCGAAACUUUGUGCCUCCUACGAACUUGGCGUUGUUGUUUCCUUUGGCCAUCUGAUACCAGUGCAUAUUAUAAAUGCUUUCUCCAGCGGGAUCAUAAAUGUCCAUGCUAGCUUACUUCCUCGUUGGCGAGGUGCAGCUCCAAUAAUCUACGCCAUUAUGAAUGGUGACAGGAAAACGGGAGUGUCCAUUAUGAACAUACAACCACAUCAUUUCGACAUUGGCGACAUUUUGGCGCAGCGUGAAAUGGCCAUUGGAGCUGACAUUCAUAUGCCAGAGCUUCAUUCGUCCUUGGCGCAGUUGGGAGCCGAACUGCUUCUGGAUACAGUUAAUAAUGUGAGGGAACGAAUAGCCAAAGCAACACCGCAGGACGGAGCGCUUGCAACUUAUGCUCCAAAGAUAACAUCGCGCAUUACAGAGAUCGAGUGGCCAGAACAAAAUUCAAUGGAGAUAUACGCUAGGUAUCGAGCUCUUUAUGGAUUUAAGUGCUUAACGACAAGUUUUCUGGAUAAGCAAGUACAACUGCUUAAUGUGAGAAAGCCUAAGUCUCAAGCACAGCUAAAUUUACCAAGGUUUUUGCUUCCAAGUCAUUUCGUUUUCCACCGUGGGCUGAAGUCUUUAAUCAUUGGCUGUGCUCAAGGCACUGCGAUUGAAGUGACUCAGAUGCGUAUAGAAGGUAAAAAGCCAAUGAGUGCAUUGGAUUUCAACAACGGGUUCUUGAAGCAAGCAGUUUCACGGCAAUUCAAACAAAAUACAAAUGCCGCCUAUUGCUAACCAAAUUUACAAUUGUUUUUUAU